AUGGGCACUAUGGCCAUGGGCACUACGACCAAGGGCGUCGGGGCAACCGCGACCAGGUCGUCGGGGACUGGCACACGCGCCGCCCGACCAAGGGCUUUCUUCCCCACACCAAGCCUGCCCAGCUCCUACGUCGUCUCCAGCCGAGACGUCAAUGAACCGCCGACCGACCCCUGGGCGAUACGACUCGGCGACGGCGCCGUGGCCUCCGACUCCCACGUCCUGGAUGUCCGCGGCACCGCCAGACACGACAGAGACGCCGACCGUGCCUUCCACUACGGCUCCGAGCGUCUUGGAUCCGAGCGCUACGGCUCCGAACACCGACCAGUCCCCGGUUCGAAGUUCACGUACGUCCCCGAACACUACGCCCCUGAACACCACUACGUCCCCGAUCAAUACCCCGCAGAACAUUAUGCCGCGGCCGGGGGGCCACGCCGCGCCCUCAAGGACUCACGGAGACGUCACGACAGCUCCCGACCAACCACCGUCAGCGCGCGACCCACCACUUAUGAUGACCGCCGGCGGCACGAACUGCUCGAAAUGAUAAAGCGGAAAAGGGACUCCUACCGUGACGCCUCACUCGCCGACGAUUCGAGCAGCUAA